GUUCACCCCUAUGCCCAGAUGGCACUGGUAAUCUUAACCAGUGCUGCUCGGUUGCUUCUCAAUCAAGAUGACCAGGACAGGGCGGUGUCACACCUCCUUGAAACACUCAGCACAGUCUAUAAAUUCCUUCUGGAAGAAGAUACCGUUCGGAGUUUCGAUAAUAUGAAGGAAAUGUUGGGGAAGAUCGCGCAGGUAGCUAGCGAUGCGGCCCAAUUUAUCAUAAGUUACUCGGAGACGAAGAAUUUCUGGAAGACACUGGGGAAGAACAUAACAUCGGAGACGCGGACCGAGGCUGAUGGUUACGUCAAGUUGCUGAACAGCUUGAUGCAACAGUACCAGGACCUUGCGAUCCAGAAUAUUCUCACCAACAUGCACCAUGUACUUGAAGAUCUGAACUUCAUGCGUGGUGAACUGGGCCUCAUACAUGGGGGAUCUGGGAGAGAUGAAAUUGGAAGGCAUGGCUUAUGCAGGUGUGGGUUUCAAUAAGAUGAAAAAUGCCUAUGGUGCACAUCACCUAGUCAUCUCUAGCUUUGUACAAACUUUUCAGCACAUGCAAAUCAUCAAAGAAUGGC